AUGGAUUCGCCCGAGGAAUCUCCGCCAUUUACAAAGGCUGAGACUAGUAAUGGAUCUGAUGGUACUAAAAAAUCAGGACUCCCAGGAUGGAGACGGUUCUUUGGAGAGAAAACGAAGGAGGACACCCAGAAUGAAGGAAACUAUCGUGCGAAAUCUACACUGGGCAUUCUUAGCGACAAGCAGACGGAUGAAGUACCUGGCACGAUUCUUCUUCUCUCCUCGAACCGCAACGAGCCUCUGGGAAUGAGACAUCAACCCCAGCGGAUGUCGACUUCGUCUAUUCCUUCCACAAAUCCCCCAUCCCGCUCCUCCUCUCGGACCGCACCUCCUCCACAGAAGAAGCGAACAGCUGAUGGACAAAUCGUCCUCGAUCCACAACCAGACGACUCCGUGAAUGAUCCACUCAACUGGCCUGUAUGGCAACGAGAUGCGGCGCUACUGUCACUUGGAUUCUAUUGCUUGAUGGGCGGAGGUAUGACCACUAUUUUGGCCGCCGGCUUCGACAAUGUCGCCAAAACCUACGAUGUCACCAAGCAAGACGUUGCUUACACAACUGGUUUGUACAUGAUGGGCCUUGGCAUCGGCUCUGUCAUCAUGUCUCCCACAGCGAUUUUGUUUGGAAAGCGACCUGUCUAUCUAAUGGGAGCAGUGCUGUUUAUUCUCUCGGGAAUCUGGUGUGCGCUGUCUCCUAAUUAUCCCAGCCUGGUAGUCGCACGCAUUUUCCAGGGAAUUGCCGUGAGCCCAGUGGAGUGUCUUCCGUCCGCAACAAUUGCAGAGAUCUAUUUCCUGCACGAAAGAGCAUACCGCGUGGGCGUCUAUACCUUGCUGCUUCUAGGUGGAAAGAAUCUGGUCCCGCUAGCCAGCGCUGCUGUCAUUGGCAGCUUGGGUUGGCGAUGGGUUUUUUGGAUCGUUUCUAUAAUUGUUGGUGGCUGUAUGGUCUUACUUUUCUUCUUCGUUCCAGAGACCUUUUGGGAUCGUACACCUCGUCCUCGGCGCCAUCACAAGCGCCCGCAUAUGGUCCGCACCGUGUCUGAUCUUGUAUCGCAUGGCUUUCGGGGUCGACGCCCCCAUCUGCAGGUCCCAGAUUCUUCUGCUGAAGUGAAUGAACCUGAAGAGCUGCUCCCAUCACCGAGGAAGGAGAAGCAUGCCCACUUUGGAAUCCCUGAUGAAACAGGAACCGAGAUGGCAAACCCACAUCAGGCGGAGGCUGAUAAUCACCAUGAAAAAGUGGAGCGUUCUACUGGUGACCAGAUAGUGGAUGCACCGUCCACACCGGUAGCAGAGCAUGUCCCACUCAACUGGAAGCAGGACUUAGUCCGACUUUCUCCCCCUGCCCGCAGCGAAUCCCAUUCCCCGGGAGCACAACUAAGUUCUAGUCUGCAAUACACAAAUCGACUCCGUGAGCGUCCAAAGGUUCCAUACCUUCAGUUACUUAAGGUUUGGAACGGGCGGAUUGCACGAGAUAAGUGGAUAAAGAUUGCCAUUCGACCGUUCAUUCUGUUUGCUUAUCCGUCGGUUCUUUGGUCAACUGUGGUUUACUCUCUGUCUGUUGGUUGGUUGAUUGUACUUUCGGAGUCUGUUGCAGUCAUUUAUGAAAGUUCUGAGCACUACGGCUUCACGGCCCUACAGACCGGAUUGAUCUACAUUUCUCCGUUCGUGGGCGGCUUACUUGGGACCGCUGUCGCAGGGAAGGUAUCAGAUAUCGUUGCCCGUUUUUUAACAAAGCGGAACGGUGGUAUAUAUGAGCCCGAGUUUCGUCUGGUGAUGGCCAUUCCUAUCGCACUGUCCACAGUGAUUGGACUGAUGGGCUUUGGCUGGAGUGCCCAGCUGCGUGAUGCAUGGAUAGUGCCUACCAUCUUUUUUGGUAUGAUUUCUUUCGGGUGCUGUCUUGGUAGCACUACCGCUAUCACAUUCUGUGUGGAUAGCUAUCGCCAGUACGCCGGAGAAGCGCUGGUCACACUGAACUUUAGCAAGAACGUGUUGCACGGCCUCAUUUUCUCUCUAUUCAUUGUAGAUUGGCUUGAAUCCGAUGGUUCUCGGACGGUGUUCCUGGCUAUUGGUGGUAUUCAACUAUUUUGCCUGCUAAUGACGAUCCCCAUGUACAUAUAUGGCAAACGAGCGCGUAUGUGGACUGUGCGUAAGCGCUUGAUGGAGCGUUUCUGA